AUGGAUUUACAGCAGACUCUUCAGACAAUCAAUUCGCCUACUGUGAGUUCUGCUGUCAACAGGCUUUUUUCGGGUCGUUCACAGCCUAGCUCAGUGAAAUCUCCACAGAAGAAGAUACAAAACAAAACAACAUUGAAGAGUCAACCUCUUGUCAAAGGUUACUUAACACGCUCAAAAAGUUAUCAUCUAAAACUGUGUGUUUUGAAAUAUCAUCAGGAAGUUAUCAGUGAUAGCGGUGGUAAUGCUCACACCUGGGAUGGAAACUAUUUAUUUAAAGGAGAUCUAUGCCUUGAAAAUAAAUGGAGUGAGAUGCGGUCAAAUCAGGAGAUUAUGACUCUGAUUAUGAAUGCAUACCCAAGUUAUACUGGUCAUUACAGACAUAUAAAUAUACCUCGUGCUGGAUAUAUGCAGUUAAGAAUUGUAUCACGAUCUUUCUCAUACAGUGCAAAAGCAUUGUGGGAUACAAGAACUCAAAGUAAAACUGUGUAUAUUAUGCUAGAUUCUGAUGUUGAAGAGAUUGGACCUGUGAGCCCAGCUGAACCUACAAGUGAUAAUAAUUCACAGGAAAAUUCUGAAAACACAGCAAGUGUUUUUACAACUGAAAUAGAUGCAGAAGUUGAAAGUCCUGCCCAGGCAGUAUCUGUUGAAAAUGAUGCAAUUAUUUCUCCCCUAAUUAACAUUGAGACAGCAUCAGUGAAUGAUGCAAGUACUACUGCAGAUUGUUCUAUAAACUCUACUUCACAAAAGCAUGUUUCAUUUGCUGACCAAUCUUCAUGUAGCAAUGAGAUAAACCCAGGAUAUUUACAUGCAGAACAUUUUGAAGAGUUAAUAUUAGAUAACCAGGAUACCUGUAUAGAUGUUGAGGAUACAGAACAUUUUUCACGGGAACUGAAUGUUACUUUAAGUGGAGUUAUCAAUGUAGAUGCAGAUACAAACAGUGCUACAGAAAAAAAUCAAGAUGAUGUUUGUAUGGUAAUAGAGAAAGACAACAUUUCACCUCAAUUUGAAUCUAUAUGUGAGAAUCACUCGCCACAACAGGUCUGUACACAAGAAUGCCAUACUAUUUCUAAUACGAAACACAGUGAAUGGUCUCUUGAAAAUCCAAAGAAAAGAAAUAUAGCAGCAGUCAAUCCUGAUACAGUAGGAAAUAAAAAGAAUCAAAGAAAAAAUCUCCAUGGUGAUCUUACUCUUAGAGAUAUUAUUAACAAUGCUGAGAGCACUGAAAAGAAAGAAGGUUAUGGUCUUCCAAAUAUAGAUAAUUCUUGUGCAGUGAAUGUGGUAAUUAAUCUUCUUGCAUGCAUGAAGCCAAUAAUGGAACUACUGAAGGUAAUGGUAGAUGGAGGUCCAUGUAUUGAAGCUGUUAUUAAUCAAUUGGCACUAGUCAUAACUAGUACUUUAGGUGGGAAAAGAAGAAGAAGAUGGAUAUAUGAAAAUGAAGAGUAUGAAGACUGCAAUGAAAUGUUGCAACAUGUUGACUAUUGGUAUCAAACACCUGAGAGCUUAGUUAUAGGAAUAGAGAGAAGAAAAGGCUAUGGUGAUAAAAGAAAGCUGACCAAUAUUUUCUUGGUUCUUGUUCCUCGCUAUCUACCAACUGAAGCUUUAUUAUCACCGCAAGAUUUCCCAUGCUAUUGGCAGUCAGCACAUUUUGAGGCAACUGCAAUGGUAAUACAUUCAGAAAUCAGAAAUCAUGUGACUCUAAUUGUUAGAAAAGAUUCUAAUUUGUGGUUAUUGUAUGAUGAUUCUCACACAUAUCAGUUUUCAAUGACAUCUCACAUAUGGAAGUAUCUUCAAGGUGCUUACUCCAUGGAUGGAUUUUUUUCUUCGUUACCAAUGGAUUUGAGUGAUGCUGCAAUGGUUGCAGCCAGAGAAAGACUGCAAGAUUUAGUUGAUUUUGAAGAAAAAAGUAGUGGAUCAGGAUUGAAUAGACAGUUUGUGCAAAGAAGAAUCACAAAACGCUUAAAAGAAGUAGUGGGUAUGGACUCACUGAAGAAGAAAGUUGAACGACUUGCAAUUCGAACAAUAACAAAUAAAGUAAGAAGUUCAGUGACUAAGCAGGUUGAAGAACCACUGAAUUUAUUAUUUUAUGGUCCGCCUGGUUCAGGGAAAACCAUGUUUGCACGUCUGCUUAGUGGGUGCCUUUAUGAUGUGGGAAUAAUCAAAGAAAACAAGAUGGUAGAAAUACAGCGUGACAAUGUUGUUGCAUCCUAUGUUGGCGAGUCUGAGAAAAGAAUAAAGCAGAAGAUUAAAUCUGCAGCAGGGGGUAUUUUAUUUAUUGAUGAAGCAUAUUCACUUUAUAAAGGGAAGUCAACUAAUGAUUUUGGGAUUGAUAUUAUUAACACAAUCAUGCACUAUCUAAAUGCAGAUGCAAUGGAGAAUACACCUGUAUUUAUAAUGGCUGGAUAUCAGUGGGAAAUGGAAAGGCUCUUGAAGGCCAAUGAGGGUCUAUUAAGAAGGUUUCGUGCGCCAUGGAUUUUUCCUGCUUUAUACAGCAGAGGAAUUGCUGAAUAUUUUGUUGAAUAA